CAGCCCGGGACUUCAGCUCAAGUCACUCGGCGUCCGAGCUCCGUCCCCAGCCGCGGCUUCCGCGGGGCAGCGGGAGCGGGAGCGGGAGCAGGCGGGGAGCGGCCGGCGCGCGCGCGCCCAGGGGAGUUGGGGUUCGCAGGGGGUUGUUUUCGGCUCUGAGGAGGUCCCCGCCCAACCUUCAAAAUUUUGUCCAAAAGCAGACAAGAGGAUCGCCCCGCGCUGAGCCGGCUGGUGGGCAGCAGGAGGCGCCUGAUCGCCGCCGGGGCGCUGGGGGUGGUGAUGGUGCUGCUGCUGGUCAUCCUCAUCCCGGUGCUGGUGAGCUCGGCCGGCACGUCGGCGCACUACGAGAUGCUGGGCACCUGCCGCAUGGUCUGCGACCCCUACGGGGGCACCAAGGCGCCCAGCACCGCCGCCACGCCCGACCGCGGCCUCAUGCAGUCCCUGCCCACCUUCAUCCAGGGCCCCAAGGGCGAGGCCGGCAGGCCGGGGAAGGCGGGCCCGCGGGGGCCCCCCGGGGAGCCCGGGCCGCCGGGUCCCGUGGGCCCUCCGGGCGAGAAGGGCGAGCCCGGCCGCCAAGGCCUGCCGGGCCCGCCCGGGGCGCCGGGCCUGAACGCGGCCGGGGCGAUCAGUGCCGCCACCUACAGCACCGUGCCCAAGAUCGCCUUCUACGCCGGCCUCAAGCGGCAGCACGAAGGCUACGAGGUGCUCAAGUUCGACGACGUGGUCACCAACCUCGGCAACCACUACGACCCCACCACGGGCAAGUUCACCUGCUCUAUCCCGGGCAUCUACUUCUUCACCUACCACGUCCUGAUGCGCGGAGGGGACGGCACCAGCAUGUGGGCUGAUCUCUGCAAGAACAACCAGGUGCGUGCCAGUGCCAUCGCUCAAGAUGCUGAUCAGAAUUACGACUAUGCCAGUAACAGUGUGGUUCUUCACCUGGAGCCGGGAGAUGAAGUCUACAUCAAAUUAGAUGGUGGGAAAGCCCACGGAGGGAAUAACAACAAAUACAGCACAUUUUCUGGAUUUAUUAUUUACGCUGACUGAUACCGCAGAAACUAAGCUGCUUAUUCUGAGUUUGGACACUGGAUUCGUUUGGCUAACGUCCGUGAAUCAAGGAUCCCCGGGGGAUGCCGGUUGCGGGGCACCUCAGUUGUGUAUAUGUGGGCAAUGCAAAUGCUACCUGACUCACAUCUGUACACUCAGAAACAUCAUGUAAAAAAAAAUAUAUUAAAAGCAAGAUAAGCAGAUGUGUUAUCCACUACCGCCAAAGCAAAUACUCCUCCUUAUCGUUAGUGUCCAUGUGAAUGAAGUCCUAUAUAGAUCACAAAUUUUUAUAGAAAAAUCUAAGACACUGAAUUAUUUCUCCAAUAUAUAUGAUACUUUGGUGUACUGUGAUCUUGCUGCUUUUAUCCAUAUGUCAGCUUCGGUUCUUGUGAGUUUACCUGCUUAUUAUGAUACUUGGAGUCCAUUCAUAGUGUGGGGAGAAUGAGUUUACCCUGCAGGAGAAGGUCUGAUUGAAAUAAUGCUGCUUGUCCCCAAAGAAAUUGUUUGCCUUGUACUUUUGUUAACUUUAGAGCUAGUCCUGGGAAUGAUUCAACUUCAAGCCUUAACCUGGAAUCUUCUGGAUUUGAGGGAAUUCCCAAGCCUGUGAUCAUUUUCACAUUUUCUUUUUCUUACGAAUUUUCUUUUCUCUCUUUUCUGGUGAUAGUCUUUAAAUAUAGAGAUCGAAAUUGUAUCAUAGGAUUACCCUCUAAGUGUGAAAAUGUGUAAUUAUGUAUGGUAUUUAGAAAUUCCCCUGUGUGUCCAUUUUGUCAAUAGAAUGCGUUUAGAUUUACUUAGAAAGUCAGAGACAUUUAUUCUUUGGUGUUAAAUCAGACUGAGGCUUUCGGCUUCUUUGGAACAAAAGAUUAUUCAUAACCCAAUGCACAAUGGUUUAAUUUGAGCUACUGCAUGAGUCACCAAGGGGACCCUAAGUUAAGGCCUUCGAAUAGUUACUACAAGGCGUGGCCCGAGAUUAUUUCAAAAUGAACGAUUUCACAUGUAACCAAUAAGACAACAAAGUGUAUAUAUUUUAUACAAAUACGUGCUACACAUACAUGUAUUUGUGUGUGUACACAUAAAACACACACACACACACGUUAGAUCAAAUAUUAUAUAUAUAUAUAUACACACACACAUAUAUAUGUGUGUGUGUAUAUAUAUAUAUACAUAUAUAUAAUGGCUUCAGACCAUAGGCACAGUGGCUGUAUAGCCUCAAAAUUUAAUUUAAAAAAUAUGUGUAUAUAUACACACAAACACACAUAAAUUAUUUGACUUAUUUUGGAUCGAAAUAUAUUUUGGAUUACAAAAGUAUAUGGAAUAGCAAAAUAAUUUAAAUGACUUCUCUUGUAAGAGUUACCCAGAAAAUUAAAUUUCAUUUGGUUAAAAUGCCCUAUACAUCACAUGUCUGUAAAUUAAGCCUAUGGUUUCUUUAUUACCAUAUGCCAAUCAAUACUUCCACUGCAUUCUGUGGCAGACUGUUAAUAUUAGGACUGCAGAAACAAAGUGGCUCUCUUUUGCAACGUUUAUGAAUUAUAUGCGUUUGAAUUAUCAAUUCCUUUUCUUUUUUUCUCAGGUGGAUUAAAGCGGACAGUAAAGUAGAUUCCGAGAGUAGUGCAAAUCAUUUCUCUCUGGUUAAAACACACUGCCAAAGCCAUCUCUUUAACCUAAGAAAAAGAUUAAAAAUGCAUGUUGAUAUACCCUAUCAGACAACUUCCACUAUUACAAUGAAAAAUCCGUUCCCCUCUCUGUUGCCUUUGAAGACUCUCUGAAUGCAUAGAUUUGAAAAACAGGGAUGUAAAAAUCUGCUUGUUUUACUGGUGAAGGACAUUUGCAUUUUUUCAUUUAAAGGAAUUAGUUUGUUCUGGCUCAUUCCUCUUGGGUACUUUCUGUUCUAAUACACAGAAAGCUUGAUCAUCUUUGAUCCACAGAAAUAUCUUGUAUUUAGAAAACCUCAACUUUCCAAAAGAGUUACGCAUGUUCCCAUCUGAAGGUGCUGUUGGCUUGGUUUAAAUGCCUUGGUCUGAGUAACUGUCAUGAUUUUUAUGAUUAAAAACACUUAGCCCGUUCAUCAAGAAUAAUGACUAAUUCUGUUGGCUUUUUCUGAUAUGUUAGCAGAUUCAUAAAGGAGUUGCAAUGGAUUUAUUUCUGUUUAACAAUAUAUAUUUAUCAAGAGGGAUUGGUAGAAAGAGUUUGGGGAUUUUUUUUGGUGGUGGUGGGGGGGGGGGUAACAAACAGCAUAAUGAGGAAUCAACCAAAAGAUUAAUUUAUAAAACAGCAGUGCACAUCUUCUGUGAGUUUUAAAAAGGCUUUAUUUACACAAAACAUCAGGGCUGGGUACCUUUUCAAGAAUAGGCUCUAGAAUCAGAAUGUCAUUUCUAAUGGAUCUGACCUUUUCUUCAGAUAACUAAGCAUUAUUUUCUCUGUUUAGGCCCAAGGAAAAACAAAUAAAAGGUAAAGGAAAUAAAGGGAAUAUAUAUAAGGCUAACAUUUCUCUUUUUUUUUUUUGCAUUAUAUAUUAUUAAUUAAACUGUGGCCUUUGUUAUUAUCAAUGUAAUGAUUCAUUAAACUAUAUUAUGUAAUA